AUGACGGACUCGAAAUUGGAAGAGGCAAUGACGGCCACACCGAGGUUGAAUACUGAAUCCGAUGUCGACGUCGGCCACGGGACGGUCUCAUCAGGGACCAAGGCCCGAAUUAAUUCUCGGCAGGCUCAGAUGAUAGCCAUAGGCGGCGUGAUCGGGACGGGCCUCUUUGUUGGCACUGGAGUCGUCCUGGCGACGGCAGGUCCUGCGCUGCUUUUUGCCGCCUACUUCUUUUGCUGCCUGUUGGCACUGUGCAUUGUCACGGCCACUACCGAGUUCAACUCAUAUCUCCCCGUUCGAGGAGCAUCGAUCCCGUAUUACGCCACCCGCUUCGUGUCGCGGAGUCUGGGAUUUGCACUUGGAUGGCUCUAUUGGUAUACUUGGGCGAUUGCCGUUGCCUACGAGGUAACGGCUGCGUGUAUUGUCAUCAACUACUGGCCAAAUCCUGUUCCCGAGGCCGCUUGGAUCACGAUAAUGUUGAUCGUCAUCAUUAGUCUCAAUAUGAUGCCGGUCAAGGUUUAUGCAGAGUCAGAAUUCUGGUUCGCAUCGCUCAAGGUUUUCACAAUCAUUGGUCUCUUGCUAGUGUCGCUGGUGCUCUUCUUCGGAGGUGGCCCAUCACAUGAUGCACUAUAUUUUCGAUACUGGUAUCAAAACGAACAACCGGCGCACGAGUAUCUUGUUGGCGGUUCAUCUGGACAACUAUGUGCCUUUAUAUUUGCACUUUGCAAUGGUGCAUUUGCCUUUUUGUUCGGUCCCGAAUACGUUGUCUCUGCCAGUGGUGAAAUGGAAAACCCGCGCAAAGAUCUGCCAACCACUAGCAAGCAUUUCGCCUGGCGUCUGAUUUGCUUUUACGGCUUAGGCGCCUUGGCAAUCAGUAUUAUCUGCCCCAGCAGCGAGCCCGGACUGACCUCUGGAGGGUCAGGAGCCGCUGCUUCCCCUUGGGUCUUGGGCAUCAAGAACGCCGGUAUUCAUGGACUGGACAGUGUCAUUAACGCGGCAAUUAUCACGUCGGCAUGGUCUGCCGGAAACUCUCUGCUUUACAUGUCAAGUCGGUCUCUGUACUCGAUGAGUCUAGUGGGCAAUGCGCCUCGCAUUUUUCAACGAUGCAAUCGCUGGGGCGUGCCUUAUGUCGCGGUCGGCGUGUCAUCUGCAUUCGGCCUUUUAGCCUACAUGAACAUUAGUAGCGAUGGUGGUACGGUCUUCAACUGGUUGGUCAGUGUUCUCAACGAAUCUGGCUUUAUCAGCUGGAUCGUGUGUUGCAUCGUGUACCUGCGUUUCCGUGCCGCCCGCAAAGCGCAAGGCGUCCAUGACCUUCCGUACCAGAGUCUUCUGCAGCCCUAUGGCGCGUGGUUUGCUCUCGUCAUAGUCACGCUUCUAGCUCUGCUGAAUGGGUUUGCCUGUUUCUUUCCUGGCAAUUUUACUGCCUCUGGAUUUUUGACUGCUUACCUUGGUAUUCCAGUCUUUGUUGUGCUUUACGCUGGCCACAAAGUCUACACCAGGCACGAUCCAUGGUAUCAUCCUGUCAUGUCAAUCGACCUGACAUCGGGACUGGAUGACGUGAUCGCACAGGAGGCACUCUAUCGAGAUUCCCAAGGCGAAUCUUCAAAGACCAAGGCCAAGCAUUUAUUGAGCAAGAUCAACUCAAUAUGGGGUUGGAAUUGA